AUGAAAUUUAUGACUGAAAGAGAUGAGGAGAAGGCCAUAGGCCCAGAUGUAAUCGAGUUUACAGAAAGCCCCAGUGAACAAUAUGUAUCUCUAGAUGACGAGAAGGCCGAAAACUGGAUCGACAAUGUUGGUUUGAGGUUCAACGCUGAAAUAAGAGGGGUAGAAAGAGUCCCUGAAAAUAAGAGAGAGGACAAGUCUACUAUAUCUGCUUUGACUAUGUUUUUGUCGCCUAAUUUAGCUAUAUCAGCUUUAUCAACAGGAGCAUUAGGACCCACUUUCUUUGCGUUAGACUUUCGUACAUGUAUUCUAUGCAUAGUCUUCUGGAGUAUCAUAGGAUCUUUGUCUGUAGGAUUCUUUGCUGUUUUUGGUAUGAAGUUUGGUUUGAGACAGCAAAUUUUAUCAAAGUAUUUUACUGGCAAUAUCAUGGGACCUGUUUUCGCAAUAUUUAAUGUCAUUUCAUGUGUUGGUUGGAAUGCGAUCAAUGCAUUGCCUGCAGUUCAGCUUUUGUCAUCUGUUGGACCUUUACCACCUUGGGCAGGUUGUUUGAUUAUUGUUGUUAUUACGUGUGCUCUCGCAUUAUUCGGUUAUAAGACGAUUCAUAUUUAUGAACGCUAUUCAUGGAUACCAAAUUUUAUCAUUUAUUUGAUCAUGAUAGCCAGAUUAACCAUGUCACAUAACUUCACCUGGGGAACUAUGGAAACGGGAAAAGUAGAGGCAGGUAAUGUGCUAAGUUUCAUUACAACCAUUUUUGGCUUCACUGCGGGAUGGUCUCCAUCAGCAGCUGACUAUACAGUCUACAUGCCUGUUGAUACUCCAUCUUGGAAAAUAUUUGUUAACAUGACAGCUGGUCUUUCUAUUCCAUCUAUUUUUGCUAUGAUAUUGGGAGCUGCAUGUGCAAUGGGAACUUACACAGAUGAACAGUGGAGCAGGGCAUUUAACGAUAAUUCAGUUGGCGGACUUGUCUAUGAAAUUCUAGUAGUUGACAACUUGCAUGGUUUUGGUAAGUUUUGUGUCGUCAUACUAGCACUUUCAGCAAUAGCCAAUAAUCUUCCCGGUAGUUACUCAUUAUCUUUGUCAGUGCAAGCUGUUUGGGCUCCCCUCGCAAAAUGCCCUAGACUUUUUUGGUGCUUUUUGGGUAACUUUGUAUCAUUAGCCUUAUCUAUUCCUGCUUAUUAUGUUUUUGAAGAAGCAAUGUCUAACUUCCUAUCAAUUAUUGGUUAUAACGUUGCCAUCUAUAUUUCAAUCUCUUUGUCUGAGCAUUUCAUCUAUCGCAGAGGUUUCAUGGGUUACGAUGUUUCUGAUUUUAAUAAUCGAAAGACGUUACCAGUCGGCAUUGCAGGUGUGGUGGGCUUUUUGUUUGGAGUAGCAUCGACAAUUCUAUCUAUGAACCAAUCAUGGUAUCAGGGCGUAAUUGCUAGAUGUUUUGGAAAACUGGGAGGUGAUAUAUCUUUCGAACUCAAUAUUGCAUUUGCCUUUGUCGGCUAUAACAUCAUUCGCCCAAUUGAAAAGAAGUACUUUCACCGUUAA